CGAGGGGCGGGGCGAGGCGGGGAGGGGGCCGGCCGGAGGCGGAGGCCGCGCCGGAGGCUGGCGGGAGGCGGCGGCGGCGGCGGCAGUUUGUUGUGCUCGGAACAUGGCGGGCGUGGGCGACGCGGCCGCCCCGGGAGAAGGCGGCGGCGCGGACGGCCCCGAGCGCGACGGGCGCGGCGAGGGCGAGCAGCCGGGCGGCGGCGGCCGCGGGCCCGCCAAGGCGCCGCCGCAGCACACCGAGACGCUGGGCUUCUACGAGAGCGACCGGCGGCGGGAGCGGCGCGGCGGCCGCGCAGGGCUUUCGCUAUUGAGAUUCCUCAGUGCUGAGCUAACAAGAGGAUACUUCCUGGAACAUAAUGAGGCCAAAUAUGCAGAAAGAAGAGAGAGAGUGUACACCUGCAUGCGAAUACCAAGAGAACUGGAGAAGCUCAUGUUCUUCGGGUUCUUUCUGUGCCUGGACGCGUUCCUGUACGUGCUCACCUUGCUUCCUCUGAGAGUCUUCCUGGCCCUGUUUCGCCUCUUCACUCUCCCUUGCUACAGCUUAAGGGACAGACGCCUGCUCCAGCCCGCCCAGGUGUGUGACAUUCUGAAGGGAGUCCUCCUGGCCAUCUGCUACUUCAUGAUGCACUACGUCGACUACUCCAUGAUGUACCACCUGAUUCGGGGGCAGUCGGUCAUCAAGCUCUACAUCAUCUACAACAUGCUCGAGGUAGCAGACCGUCUGUUUUCAUCAUUUGGACAAGAUAUAUUAGAUGCUCUAUAUUGGACAGCCACGGAGCCUAAAGAAAGGAAAAGGGCCCACAUUGGGGUGAUUCCUCACUUUCUCAUGGCCGUUCUCUAUGUCUUUCUGCAUGCGAUUCUUAUACUGGUUCAGGCAACGACUCUCAACGUAGCUUUUAACUCACACAACAAGUCACUGCUCACCAUCAUGAUGUCUAACAAUUUUGUUGAAAUUAAAGGAAGCGUUUUCAAGAAAUUUGAAAAGAACAAUCUUUUUCAAAUGUCAAAUAGCGAUAUUAAGGAACGAUUCACGAAUUAUGUGCUCUUGCUAAUAGUGUGUUUAAGAAACAUGGAACAAUUUUCUUGGAAUCCAGAUCACUUCUGGGUGUUGUUUCCAGAUGUCUGUAUGGUGAUCGCAUCGGAGAUUGCUGUGGAUAUUGUGAAACAUGCCUUUAUCACCAAAUUCAAUGACAUUACUGCAGAUGUCUAUAGCGAAUACAGAGCCAGCCUUGCUUUUGACCUUGUUAGCAGCCGACAGAAGAAUGCGUACACCGACUACAGUGACUCCGUGGCCCGCAGGAUGGGCUUCAUCCCGCUCCCGCUGGCCGUCUUGCUCAUCAGAGUUGUAACAAGCUCCAUUAAAGUGCAAGGAAUCCUGUCUUAUGCCUGUGUCAUACUCUUCUAUUUUGGGCUGAUAUCCCUGAAAGUGCUGAACAGUAUCGUGCUCCUGGGGAAGUCGUGCCAAUACGUCAAAGAAGCCAAAAUGGAAGAGAAGUUGUUCCAUUGUCCCCCGGCCAGCACUGCAGGCAAACCGUCCACCACGCCGCAGAGCAAGUGUCAGCCUUCCCAAGAGGAAACGCUGUCCGCCUCGGUCGCCAGCCAGCCCCUCCAUCCCAAGGAGAAUGUCGUUCCCCUACUUGUGACCAGCAACUCCGACCAGUUCCUAACAACGCCGGACGGCGACGAGAAGGACAUAGGCCAGGAGAACUCGGAGCUGAAGCACAGGUCGUCCAAGAAAGACCUGCUGGAGAUAGACAGGUUCACGAUCUGUGGGAACCGCAUCGACUGAGCUGCGGCCGACACGAGCUGCGGCCGACGCUGCCGACGCUCCAGUGGCACUUAACUAUUUAUUCAAGACUUAAGUUAUUAACGGAGAGCGAAUCUACGCAUCUUCCCCCAGUCACGCGGGCCGGAGAGCGGCUGGGCCUGCGCCGGGGACGCCCUGCACCGCCGGCUUCCAGCCUGCACCGCCCCCCCGCCGGCCGCUCGAGCUUCAGAGCACUGAGCUUUGCUGCGAGGCCUCUUCAGCGUAGGGUGUACCUGGAAAACUGUGAAGCUUUGCCGCGACACACGGCGUCACCGUCCAGCCUCCUGUUCCCAUCAGCAGUUUUCAGACUUGACUUCAUCUGCCAAAGCAUUUAAAAAAAAUUAAACUUAAGAUAAAUGUUCUUACCACCAGAAUAAUCUUUGGAGACGUAUCUGAAUUAAUCAGAAUUAAAAAGAGGAAAAAAAAAACUCCCUUGAAGAAGACAUGAUGAACAGUAGCAUUUUAUAGGGGGGCUGAGGGGUGGGAGACACCCCAAGUCCCUAAAUCAGUUUGUUUAUUUAAAACAUAUUAAUGAAGGUUGCGCAUCUCUGAGAACAUGUUUCAUCGUUUCUAAGUUUACUCCAUAAAGCAAAAUGUGAGCUGUGUUUUAAUUGCAGUAGAUAAAAUAGAACUCUGACAAAAAGGCACUUUUUAUACUGAAUAAGCAGAGAGCAGUGUUAAUUUGAAUGUAUGGGUAACUGGUUUCCCUGAGAACUAAUCGCUUCGUCAGUCGUUACACUUAAAGGGUUGGGUCGUUGAAUGGGCUGAAGAAUUGUCUCUGGACAGAAUCAGAGGGAUGCGCUUUGACUGCAAGGUUCUUAAGCAGAUGCCCUAAGUGGAUUGGGCAGCCUAGCCUUGCCGGGCCGUGUGCAUCCACCCCGCCUCUCCCUGCCUCCUCAGGGGAUGUCCAGGUGUGCCCGUGCUGGGGGGUGUGUGCGUGUGUGUGUGUCUGUGUGUGAGGGGGGCAAGGAGCUGAGAGGGGCCGGGCAGGAAGGAAACAGAUCUCUGGGUGAGUGUCUGGGGAGGGGAGUGUUUGUGUGCGGGCGCUCUGGGGCCUCCUUUGAUCCUGCCUCCAUUUCUGCUCACUCUAGUUUGUGGCCCCAGCACAGGGCAAAUUAUUCACACCACCUUUUUUUUUCCCUCCAGAAACCUUCCUUUGUUUCCAUGAAAACUUUCCAGUGUCCAAAAUUCAGAGUGUCCAGAUGUUGCUGGUGACUGUUUUUCCUCUGAUGCUUUUAUGUUGACGUUCAGGCUUUUGUACUGAUGUUUCAGGCACGUGAUAAGCAGGUGGUAAAUUUUAGGUGACUUGUGUAUUUCCGGGAGGAGUGUGAAGCAAGCUCCAGCGCUUUGCUCUGGUUUCAGACACAAAAGUGAAUGUUAACGUUUCAUAUGAACUGAGGAAGCCUUGGAGAUUAAUGUCCACUCACAGAGGGUAAAAGCAGCGUGCAGAAGUGCACCUGCACCUGUACAGCUGGCAGGUAUUUUAAGUUAGAAAGAAAAAGAUUUUUAAAGUUCUUGGUGUAUAUUUCAAUGAAACCCCAUUUUAGGAUUCUUCUUCUUUUCCAUUCUCUCUUCACUACCCAAAGCGUCAUCCGUGGUGAGUGGGAGCGAUUGGAGGCAAACCCUGUCAGACGUCGCCCUAGUCAGAGCAGAAGCAGGUCGGGGCUGUCUCCAGUUCCUCUUGGAUUAUUCUGCUACCGUGCUGUCAGUUUCAGAAGAGUUUUAUUUCCUUUGCAGGAUUCGUUGGGAGUUUGGAAUGAUGUUCAUUUCUUCUGUUACAAUGGCAUUCAAGACUAAUUUUAUAAGUGCAUCUUGUGUGAAACUCAAUAAAUCCAAUUUUGUAAUCUUUUUUAAAAAGG